AUGGACAGGAUGAAUCAUCUCAGCACUGGAGAUCGACUUCUUCAAGAUCUCGAAACUUCUCGUCAACGCCCACUUCGUCGAAGAUCAACGGGCGACAUCCGGAACGACAUUGAUCUCCUUCAUACACCGACAUCUCAGCUCUUAUCUACGCAAGAUACGGAGUCACAGGAUAACUCUUCUGGCGCCGACAGCACUCCCGUACAGGACGAGGCUUGGAUGGCAGAAUUGACUGACGGCGAUCGAGUCUCCACCUGGCGCCCGUGGUGGCUUCGCCUUAUCGUUCUCUCCAACUUCUCUGCCGUGUUCCUGUCGUUCGCCAUUGUCCUAAGCAUCAUAACUUGGUACUCCCAGGCCCACGGCGGCAUGUUCGAGGCUCGGAUGAAGGGAGUGGAAGUUAUAUGUCGCUUCGCACUCACUGCCAAAUGCGACCUGGACUAUACCUCAAUGAUCUUCCCCACUCUCCUAUUCCGCUCGCUGAAGCAUAAACACCACUUUCUCUUCUUGGUUGCGACGGUAUCGUUGCUGUUCAAAAUCCAAAUUGUUUUGUCUCCUGGCCUGUUUCGGACGGCCGAUGUCGAAGUUGGCACAAACAGCACUCUCCUGCUCACAGAUGUUUUCUCCUUGCCCCAAAACUACACUGUCAAUUUUGAAGUUACAAACACUGCGUGGUAUGUUGCUCUAAACAUCCGUAACUUCAAUGUCUCUUAUCCUUUCGGAGCAACGAAGGAAGCUGCCUACCAACGAUUCACUAAGAGAGGCAGCGAAAAGUCCAUUUUCACAGCGACUGUCGAGGCUCUCUUCAUGGAUUUUCAGUGUCUCAAACUUGAGAAGUUCAAGACUGUGGAUCGUAUCAAUCAGGACUCCAAUGAUGUGGAGUUUGUCCUCGACUUGCAAUUUGAGGGUUGUCGCACAUUACCCUUUCACGUCUUCCAUGUAGGGGAAAUGACCUCACGGGACCUGGCGUACUGGAUUUAUAACGACACCCUCAGCGCAGAACAACGUUGCUCAAACAUACCUCAAGCCCGCCAGUUUAUUUAUUUGAUCGCAAGCUUCAAUCACUUGCCGAUGGCAGGUUCUCACACUGUUUUUCCUCGCCAGGUGUCUGCGGUAAUAUGCGGGUCCGAUGUUCGACUUUCGAAAGCAGAGAUUAGCGACAAUGGGACUAACCCCAUCUUGAAGGAGACGAAGAACAUUUCUCAGCAAAAGCUUGACGUGGACAUCUGGGCAAUGAUUGUCAAAACCUUUCCUACAUCAGAAUACGACAUGAAUUGGCGUCCGGAUACGAAUUUCGCUGGUAUGGAGGACUUCACCAACCCCGUUUGGUAUUGGCAACAUUUUAACAGUGGACUGAGAUCGGUCGACAGCGAGCCGGGUCUCUUGAACACAACUGAGGUGCUUUACGAAUCAGUGACUGGGCUUGCCAGUCAUCUUGGGAUUCUAUUCGGACAUUAUCGCAUGAGACAAGACCACGAUACGAAGACUGAUCUCGAGAUCAAGCACAAAUCUAAACGAAUCAUCAUCCACUUCCCAACAGCCAUCUCCAUGCUUGGCAUCUUUGGCCUCACAGUAUUGAUUUCGGCUCACAUCAUUGUACGCUAUGAAAGAGAUUCGAAGCCUUUGCACAUGGAUCCAGCCACACCAAUAGGCAGCCUAGUCUUCUUACAUGACCAUCCCACUGUCACCAGUCGAAUCCUUGACCUCCAAGACGAAGGUCGCCUAGAGUCUUGGCCUAGAGACAGUUCUGUACCUUACGUCAUGAGGCCAUGGAUACGAAUCGUCUUCACGGUUACGAGUAUAGGGGUCUCGGCGGGGAUCGUGGCCACUUUCGUCACAUCUCAGACCCAAGCUGGAAUAGGCUCACCAGGGGGCUACUGUUGGUUUGCCGACAAGACCAUGAUACAGGGACUCUCGAAGUAUGACAGCAAUGUCUGUCGUCUUAUCAUUGGGAAAGGAGAGGGGGAUCUGCCAUAUCCCAAGGGCACUUACGAUAACCUUAUCUUUCCCGAUAUCACAUUACCACCUAUUCCCAGCCGCAACGUCAGCCUCGAGGUUGAAAUGGCGGCAGCAAGUCUAGAACCGCAUUGUACCAGGGUCGCAGACGAGACUGGGGGCUUCAAGGUCGCAAGAAGGGAAAUUUCUAAGGAAACGGGCUCUUUGACCGAUUAUGAUGCAGACAUAUAUUUCGACGUCACCAUCCCGAACGGAACUGUAAUCAAGUUCAAUGAAACAGUUUUAUUCGGGAACAACAAGAGUAUAGCUACACAGAGAUUCUUCGCCUUGGGAAAUAAGAUCUCUGGAACAACCACGCGACUUUAUCUUUGGGGCAAUUGGAAGGUGGGGUCCGAGGAGGUGACUUUCGUCCGAGCCUGGCACUGCGACUAUUCUUGGAAAAAAACAAUGAUGAACGUCAACAUGUCUGUCGUGAACAGCGAGUUGGUGAUCGACCAAAAGCGCCCUCCUCGUCCAGUUCAGGGGUCUACAGAACCAUGGAACCCGCAGUUCAGCUUUGCUAAUUACUAUGCCGACCAAUCCAUUUGGCCUGAUUCAAGCGAAGAUAGAGACCGGAGUUUCGACAUGGACAAGGAGAUGAUGCUUGUGUUGAAGCCGUAUGGUCCUUUAGAGCUUGAAGCCUUAGGCGAUCCGUCCCAGGAAAAUAACGUCAAAACGGUCAUCACCCAUAACUGGGCUUUUCUACACGCCCAGAUUGCCAACAAGAAGAAUCGUCUUAGUCUCAAUGAGUCGGCCAUCUCUGUCAUCCUUCCUCCCGAAGGUCUUCCACUCAUCAAAGCGAAGCUCAUCGAUCACAGUAGACGGCGCCUGUUCCAGAAUCCAGUCGCAACCUACUUAAUAUUAGUGAUUCUAUGCCUGGUCAUCAUAGUUCAUUUGCUCAUGUUGGUACCCAAAGCUAUCAAGAUUCGCCUUGGCUGGAAAACGGAACUGCCCAACAUGGAUGUGGAGGGGCUGGCCCCGGACGGAUUUAACAGCAUUUCACGGCUAGUCACUCUCCUACACUCCUCGAACGCCAUACAACACAUGCCGUCUCAAGCUCUUCCACAAGAUGAGCUACUCGAACAACUUGAGCAUUUGCGGUUCCGCUUUGGUUGGUUUGAGAGGCAAGCCGACAAAACAGAGCAUUUUACAAUCGGAGUGGAGGGUGACGCAGGCUUCGUUUUCUUGCGUGGGCCAAAGGAAGGCGGAGAAGCCGAACCAAAGCCGGCAUCACUGUAA